UUUUCUCCGGUUCUCUUAAAAGUCAACGAACAUGGUUGAACAAGAACCUUAAUCCCCUUUGACCCGUGAGUAUUCACAACAUACGUGCUUGGAGGCCCAACAUUUGUAACUGUACGAGUAACACUUACGGUCUUUGACCCAGGAUGACGCACCGUAAUUGAAGGAUAGUUGAAAUUUUCAAUUCUGUAAGACUUAGGACAAGUGUAAGGGAAUUUCAAUUUGGCAAACAACUUGGAGCCUCGCGAGGCCCGCGACUUAGAACGUGGUAGCUCUGAGCGUCCAACAUUUUGUACCUCACAAUAAUCACCCAAUAGAUCAAACAUGGUUUUCACUAAGCUUUCAUUGAUUGGUCUAAUUCUGUGUUCACUCCUAAGCCUCCAUUCCUCCCAAAUUUUCAGGUUUUCUUCUUUUGCCUUUGCUGCCAUCACUGCUUAUGAAGGGACCGAAGCAAGUGCUCUACUUGAGUGGAGAGCUAGCCUUGAUAACCAAAGCCAAGCUUCUCUGUCUUCAUGGACAAGUGGUGUCAGUCCUUGCAGGUGGAAAGGAAUCGUUUGUAAAGAAUCCAACUCUGUGACCGCUAUAAGUGUCACAAAUCUUGGGCUAAAAGGUACUCUUCACACUCUCAACUUCUCUUCCUUUCCCAAGCUGCUAACUCUGGAUAUCAGUUACAACCGUUUUAGUGGAACUAUUCCUCAGCAAAUUGCUAACUUGUCCAGAGUUUCUCGGUUGAUAAUGGAUGAUAAUCUUUUUAAUGGCUCAAUCCCUAUCUCCAUGAUGAAGUUGUCUAGCUUGUCAUGGCUAAACUUAGCAAGCAAUAAACUUUCUGGCUACAUUCCUAAGGAGAUUGGACAACUGCGGAGCUUGAAGUAUUUAUUACUUGGAUUCAAUAACCUUUAUGGCACCAUUCCUCCAACAAUUGGAAUGUUGGCCAACCUCGUUGAACUUAAUCUGUCAAGUAACUCCAUCUCUGGUCAAAUUCCUUCAGUUAGAAACUUGACAAAUUUAGAAAGCCUUAAGCUCUCAGACAAUAGUCUUUCUGGCCCCAUUCCACCCUACAUAGGAGACUUGGUCAAUUUGAUUGUCUUUGAAAUCGAUCAAAAUAAUAUUUCAGGAUUAAUUCCUUCCAGUAUUGGAAACUUGACAAAGCUGGUCAAUAUGUCCAUUGGCACUAACAUGAUUUCUGGAUCAAUUCCUACCUCCAUCGGAAACUUGGUCAAUCUAAUGAUCUUAGACCUUUGUCAAAACAAUAUUUCCGGAACUAUUCCUGCCACCUUUGGAAAUUUGACAAAGCUCACCUAUUUACUAGUGUUCGAAAACACACUUCAUGGUAGAUUACCACCCGCAAUGAAUAACCUCACCAAUUUCAUAAGCUUACAACUAUCUACAAACAGUUUUACUGGCCCUUUGCCGCAACAAAUUUGCCUUGGUGGUUCACUUGACCAAUUUGCUGCUGACUAUAAUUAUUUCACGGGUCCGGUUCCAAAAAGCCUGAAAAAUUGCUCCAGUCUUUACAGACUCAGACUAGAUGGAAACCGGUUGACCGGAAAUAUAUCAGAUGUUUUUGGUGUAUAUCCAGAGUUGAACUACAUUGAUCUGAGUAGCAAUAACUUUUAUGGCCACAUUUCACCAAACUGGGCUAAGUGUCCUGGUCUCACAAGCCUUAGGAUAUCCAACAACAAUUUAUCUGGUGGUAUACCCCCAGAACUCGGCCAGGCACCCAAAUUACAAGUACUAGUCUUGUCUUCAAAUCAUCUAACAGGAAAAAUUCCAAAGGAACUUGGGAACCUGACCACUUUGUGGAAGUUGUCAAUAGGCGACAAUGAACUUUCUGGCAACAUUCCUGCAGAAAUAGGAGACUUGUCUCGCCUUACAAAUCUUAAGCUUGCAGCAAAUAAUUUAGGUGGCCCGGUUCCAAAACAGGUGGGAGAGUUGCACAAGUUACUUUACUUGAACUUGAGCAAGAAUGAAUUCACAGAAAGCAUUCCAUCAGAAUUUAACCAAUUGCAAUCUCUUCAAGAUCUUGACCUUAGUAGGAAUUUGUUAAACGGAAAAAUACCAGCAGAACUUGCAACUUUGCAAAGAUUGGAAACACUAAACCUCUCAAACAACAAUCUAUCAGGAGCCAUUCCUGAUUUUAAGAAUAGCUUGGCAAAUGUUGACAUAUCUAACAACCAAUUGGAGGGUUCAAUUCCUAACAUUCCAGCCUUUCUUAAUGCUCCAUUUGAUGCAUUGAAAAAUAAUAAAGGCUUGUGUGGAAAUGCCUCCAGUUUGGUGCCUUGCGACACCCCAUCUCAUGAUAAAGGGAAAAGAAAUGUCAUCAUGUUGGCAUUACUUCUUACUUUGGGUUCUCUAAUUCUAGUGGCAUUCGUGGUUGGAGUUUCGUUAUGCAUUUGCAAUCGAAGAGCAAGCAAAGGCAAAAAGGUGGAGGCUGAAGAAGAAAGAAGUCAGGAUCAUUAUUUCAUAUGGAGUUAUGAUGGAAAAUUAGUGUAUGAAGAUAUCUUGGAAGCCACAGAGGGGUUUGAUGAUAAAUAUCUCAUUGGAGAAGGAGGGUCUGCAUCUGUUUAUAAGGCAAUAUUACCCACAGAACAUAUUGUUGCUGUGAAAAAACUUCAUGCUUCAACCAACGAGGAAACACCCGCUUUAAGAGCUUUUACAACUGAGGUUAAAGCCUUGGCAGAGAUCAAGCAUCGUAACAUUGUGAAGUCACUUGGAUAUUGUUUACAUUCACGCUUCUCCUUUUUGGUUUACGAGUUCCUAGAGGGUGGUAGCUUGGAUAAAGUACUAACCGAUGAUACGCGUGCAACAAUGUUUGAUUGGGAAAGGAGGGUGAAGGUUGUUAAAGGUGUGGCAAGUGCUUUGUACUAUAUGCAUCAUGGUUGCUUUCCUCCUAUUGUUCACCGUGACAUAUCAAGCAAGAAUGUUCUUAUAGAUUUGGAUUAUGAAGCCCACAUCUCUGACUUCGGAACAGCUAAAAUUCUGAAUCCUGAUUCACAAAAUUUAACCGUGUUUGCAGGCACAUGUGGAUAUUCUGCACCAGAGCUUGCUUAUACUAUGGAAGUGAAUGAGAAAUGUGAUGUUUUUAGUUUUGGAGUGCUUUGUUUGGAAAUAAUGAUGGGAAAACAUCCAGGGGAUCUGAUUUCUUCACUAUUAUCACCCUCUGCAAUGUCAUCAGUGUCCAAUUUGCUGUUAAAAGAUGUGUUGGAGCAACGACUACCUCAUCCAGAGAAGCCAGUUGUUAAGGAGGUGAUCUUGAUUGCAAAAAUAACAUUAGCUUGCUUAAGUGAAAGUCCACGUUUUCGCCCAAGCAUGGAACAAGUGUAUAACGAGUUUGUGAUGCCAAGAUCAUCUUCAGUGAAUUUAUUAUCCAUGAUCACACUUGGUCAACUCAGAGAUAAUUGAACCUUGUUUUC